AUGGUGGUGAUGGAUGAUAUGCCCACGCCACCGUUGAGUGGCGGGCGCACACCCACCAAGCCUCACGCUGAGGAGCCGCCUGGUGACAGAACCUACACCCCUGUCGUCUCCUCCCCCAACCCACUACGACUCGCGAACGCGAAGCGUCUAGGCCCGCCAGCGCCAUCGCCGACUCCUCACAGGCUUUCAUCGUCAGCGCCCACCAGCAGCUCAUCGCCACAGCAGGAGCCAGGCUCGGCCCAGUACCUCGACAGGCUGCUCCGCCUGGUCCGAUGUCGCCGCAUCCGACGCUCCAGCUCCAGCUCCGCCAUGGCCGACUUUCUGGCGAGCUUCAAUCUCGGAGCGCAGACGCCCGCCGCGUCCAGUAACCUGCAGUGCGAUUCGGUCCAGGAUUUGCAGCUUCACCUUCGCGGCGCUCUCGACGCCAAGGUCACCCCGAACCGCGCCGAGCAUCUGUCCAUCACCCUCGAGCUGAGGGCCACCGUCCGCUUCCAGCUUUCCGUCUCCGAACCCGAGAAUGGCGCCCUCGAUAAUCUCAAUAAUAUUGACCCGUUGAUGGGAGGAAUGCGCUCGGCGAGUGUUGCGGCCGAUCAGGCUGGGGGACAGCUCUCACGGGUUGUUUUUGCCAAUGACACCCUGAUGAACCAACCACAAGAUGACCCGGCCCUGCAACGAUCUGUCGCAAAACACAUUAUCGGCCUUGUCAGCGCAACAGACGGUAGCACUUGGACUGUUCGAGAGGUAUCGCGUGGGUCGCAAGGCUGGACUUUUACAUAUCUGUGCAAGGACUCCUAUCAGCAAUGGAAUCGACAAACUUCAAAGAACCCAACCAAGGCAAUUGUGGGUGAGUUCAGUCAACGGGACCCGGACCCAGUUCUGCAUGCUCGACCUGCCUUUGAUUGCCGCGGAUCCGUCACUAUUGCAUUCAAUCGCAACAGCCGCGCAAUCACGGUCAAGUACGAUCACACACCCAUGCACAAGACGGUUGCUCAGCUUGCCGAGUACUUCAAGCCUCCUCCUCGUCAACUAGGACCCGGCGCUCAGAAACUACAACACCAAAAGACCAAGGAAAAGACACCUAAGAAGGCAAACGGCGAGAAGAGGGAACGAAAGAAGCGAGAAACCAAGGCGCAAGAUGAGAAUGGGAACCCUCGGAAACGGAAAAAGAAGAAUAACGGCGCAGCUCAAGCUGCUGCUCCUGCUGAUGGACCCAUGAUACCUCCGGACUAUCCUGGAGCGCCACCAAUCGACGGACAAGGGGGACCUUAUGCUGCUGGGGAGCAGACAGAUGCAACUGCGCAGAACCAGCAAGGAUUCAGCGAUUACCCCCAGGGUCUGAUGGGAGACGCGCCGGCCGCGGCUAAUGGCUUAACUACGCAGACUGGCAGUCAACCUCCUUCAGUCACCUACCCAGUUAAUGUCUCGGCAGCUGAAGCAGCACGUCGACGAGAGGCAGCCCUGACGAUGCUCAGCAAUGCGGGUGUUGAGCCGUCUACUCUGUCAGCUGAGCAGUUCAACAUCUUCUCUAACCAGGCACCAGAACUUCAGCGAGAGUCUCUGGGUAUGCUUGUCAAGUAUGGUGCAGAACGGCUACGGAUUGUUCAUCCUGGUAACAGGGAGGGCUCUGCGCAGACAAACGCAUCUGCUUCUACCCCGAGCAGUCAGACAACACCGUCUGGGCCCAUGACGACCAAGGAACUCGUGCCCCAGUCCGGUGCCCAGAGCAACGCGGGAACAGACAAUGAGGCUCCUACCAGCACUGAGGCAGAGGCUGUAGAAGUACCAGAGACAACGAAACCAGGCAAGAGGAAGAAGAUAGCCAAAUCACGGACAGCUUGCUUCCCUUGCAAGGCUCGAAAGACCAGGUGUCCAAAGGAGAGGCCUACUUGCACCGAGUGUGACAGCCACGGCACUGCAUGUGAAUAUGCACCUCAAAAGCCAAGAAACAAAAAGAAGCAGCCUGAAAAGUCGGAGACCAUAGUUGUCGAAGACGAUGAAGAGGAAGAGGAAGACGUUCCUGAAGAGGAGGACAGCACUCAGCAAGACGCCUCACAAGACUACUCAUACCCUCAGAUGAACAUUGGAAACAUGGUCACAACCACGGAUACAACAUCUCAGGAUCUCCAAACUUCCCAAAACGGCUACUAUCAACCCCCCUCGGGUUUGUCAUUGCCUCAACCAGACCCCUAUUCGAACACACAACAGCCCAUGACUGCCGAUCCAGGGCUCGUCAUGCCACCCAGGCAAACUUAUAACACCGGUAUGCCUGAAGUAACACACCCACCACCCCCAGCUCCGGCUCCGGCUGGCACAAUUGCUCCUAUCGAGUCACGACAAUGGACAGCCAUCGGACCUGGCAACAAGACGCGGCGAAGUCUUCCGUCUGAACCCGUUCACUCCAACGAGCAAAACGUGCCUGCUGCGAACCCUCAACCAUCAGACUGGGCUCAAAGCUCCAACAACACUAUGCCAGCGACAAAUGUUUCAUCUGUUUCGCCACAGAUGGCAUACUCUCGGUCUGCCAACCAGCGAUCGCGGCAGGUGAACCAGAACGUCUCAAGAGACCAUUCACAAAUGGCCGAUGGAAUGCAGCAAGCAACGGCCGUGUCUAAUACGGUGAUGCAACAAGCUCGUCAGUCACCGGUAGCUGCCGCCGCCAUAAUAGCUCAGGCACGCAAGUCUCCAUAUCAACAGGCUGCUGUUCCUCGUGCCACAUCCAGACAGAGCCAGCAAAACCAGUCACGGACUCCUGAAGCUGAUCAGACCAGAGGCUAUCAGCCACCUGCUGAUAUGGGCCAUCAACACAACACCAGGUCAUCUGCUCGCCAUGACACAUCCCAGAUGACGAAUAAUUCUGGCUAUGGCGAGUAUGGGCGGUAUGGUAGCACCAACACCGCAGCAAGUCAUCAGCCGUCUCAUCGGGGAUAUGAUCAGACAAACUCGACGAUGCAGCAGAACACUGACACGACCAGUCAGACUGCUGCCAUGGCUAUGUCGAUGGCAUCAGGGACACCGUCUACAAUGAGCACCUCAUACCCGGCUACUACCUCAUCUGCAAAUCAGUGGUCUAGCUCUUCAGGACGCAACGACCGUUCAUAUGGCAGCAACUCUUCGUAUCAUAACCAAUCCGCAUAUUCACAGCCGGCAUCCUCCAAGUCUGUCUCAACAUCUAGACAGAACUUCAACAUGCGCGGAAGCACACAACAAGACACUCGCACGAGCAGCAGCAACUCUUAUGGCCAGCAGCAACAGCAGGAUUAUCCCUCUUACUCUGGGCCUACACAGCAGAGUCAGACAGGUGACCAGCCCUCAAGCUGGUACUUUCAAGGCUCGCACAACAGCUCUCUCAACCCAGGGAGCCAGUCGUCAGGCUACAGCUACGAGUCGUGGUCAGGGGUGUAA